GCGUAUUUUCGCAAUCAAGAUUAACACAUAUUAUAUGCAGUACACAGUCUUUAUCAACUAAAAAAAACAUUUAUUAGAACAAAAAGCAAUGGAUUUCCUUUGCAAACACGUGAUUGAAAAGGUUAGUUUGGAUAUGAGUAACGAGGUAGUUAAGGACAUUACUAAAGCUGUGGAUGUUUUAAUGAAUCGCUUUGUGAAAUCAAUGCAAAAGGAAUUUCCGGAAAUACAGGUGGAUCAUGUCCGUUUGUGUGGGAGUAUGGCAGAGAAAACAAGGCUUUGGAUUUCACAAAAUAUUGAUAACGCCCUACCUGAACUAGAAUUUGAUUAUCUUGCAGUAUUGAAAACGUGGCCCAGUUGCGGUGAAAUGCGAUUUAAACUUUCGGAUACUUGCACAGGUUUAAUGUCAAUAGAAUAUGAUAUAAACGACAAAGAGAGUGUCAGCGGUCAAACUGAUUUUCUUAGCAACCUUGUAAAGCAUACGUUCAUCCUAAACUUCAUAACCUCUGUUAAUCGAGGAUGUAAGAAAAAAUUCUGUCCACAAUACGGGGCAUCCGGUGGUUUCACGCUUGGAAGAACCAACAAGUAUUCGAAUAUAAACGGUUGUGCUUUCUGCACAGUGUAUGCAGAUAGUGGAAAUCUUCGGAUGGGAAGCAGUAACGGACAAAAACUGUUAUUCAUAUGGACCCCAAAAUCAUAUCAUAGGGGAUUCCAAAUGGCAUUUGAUAAAGAUGAUGAUUAUAAAUAUCAGCUGAAAUAUAAAGCACAAUCUAUUGAAAUUGACUUUCACCCUGUCCUUAUUUUAGAUGGAACGCGAGUCAUUGCUGCAAAGGAUAAUUCAGCAAAUCAAACCAUGAUGACCGAGGAAAUAAUCAUGAUGACCGAGGAUAUACCGAUGUUUCUGUUCCCUAAGAAAUGUGACCAACAUUUGCAGGGGAAGUGCGCGAUGAUGGGGUGGAGAAUAUCUACACAUGAGACUGAGUUAUCUAUGAUCAAACAAACACCAUCUGAACACAGAUUAGCUUACAUGAUUUUGAAAUAUCUAGUAAAGAAACUGGUUUUACAUUUGGAUAGGGAUAACAGUUUCAAAGACAUUAGUUUUUACGACCUUAAAACGGUUCUUUUACGUCAUAUAAUUGUAUGUCAGGGCCCAAUUAAAGGCACUGCAUAUUGCUUAACAGAUAUGCUAGAAAUGUUAUCGCUGUGUUAUAGAAAUUUAUGUUUAUCACAUUUUCGCCUGUCUUUCAAUCUUUUAGAAUGUAGACGCAAAUUUGACGGAACUGAUUCUUGCUCACUGCCUUAUAGUUACCAAGAAAUAGGAUAUGUUCUCGAUACAAUAAGUAAUGUUCUAAACAUCCCCAAUGCCCAUUGUGAUUUGAAUGAUGUAAUAAGAGAUCUGUUAGCCAUCAGAAUAAUUGCAAAAGGAUUACGCGUUUUGGUAAAUUGUUCAACCAGUCAUAGAAUUGAUCAACAUGAUGAAAUCGAAAAAAAGACUAUAAUACUGUUAUCUCGCAGUUUGUCAGUGUUUGUAGCCUCUAGACGUAGUGCGUCAGCAGAUGAGACACUCAAAGAUACUGCGGUAAAGUACAUUCGUGUUUUCCCAAAGGAAACAUUAAUUUGGUUGGAAACGUGGCAAAUGAUAGACUGGGAGUUGGUAGAUCAGCGAAAACAAAACAUUGAUAAGCUGUAUAGAAAGAUUAAAAUCAAAAAUUGGUAUAGAAAGAUCAAAAUCGAAAAUGUAAAUUCAAAUUUAAAUUAUUUCAAGAACAUGAUGAAUGAAUCAUGGCUGUUAGAAAUAUUCAUCAAAGCAAUGUUCAGAUACUAUUAUUAUAGAAAUGCACUUGUAGUGUACCGUCCGCAUAACCGGUAUUUGUGAUUGUUUAAAUCGUUGCUAGCCUUUCAAAGAAAAUGAUUAAAAUUGCUAUGAGAAACCCAAAUGUUUACACAUAUGAAAAUGACAUUCGAGAGAACUUAUCAUGUUUUGUUAACUGGACUUUUACACUGGAAAUACCUACACAUUGUAUUGAAACAAUAAGUAAAUAUAAUAAUAAGCAAUGAUUUACAGGUAUAUAAUCUGAAAGAAUAAACAUAUGUUGCAUGUAUGUUCGUGCUUGCAUUUAAGGGGCUGAUGUGUAUUCAAAGUCUGGGUUAAGACUUAUUUGUUUUAUUUCCGUGCAUUUUACUAUUUACCAGCUUUAAGUGGCGGAGGUAGUGAUAUGGGGACCAAGCAAGGCUCAAACCCACAGAUAUUAUGAACAUGUGAUCCGAAAUCCACGGCAAUAGUCACUCGGCCAAUGAGGUAAGUUCACGACAUUAGCCAUUCGAUCAUAAGGGGAAGUCCGCGAUAUCAGCCACUCAGCAAGUGAGGGAAGUGCGCGACACUAGCCACUAAACCAUAGGGGGAUAAUUCCGCGACAUAAGCCACCGACCACGGAGCGAGGUCCGCGAUAUUUGCUAAUCAGCCAGAGAAACUCGUGACCUUCGAACAUAGAGGGAAAUUUGCGACAUUAGCAAAUCGG